AAAAAAAAAAAAUCCACGGAACAUUCGUGACCAGCACCACCACCAUCACCACCAAACCAUAACCAAAUUAUAGAACAUUGUGAGGUCUGCAUCUUUCUCACUUCCCUUGCUAUUCAUUGAAUAAAUUACACCAUGAAAUCUUGCAGGGAAGCUUCUUCCUCUCCUUCUGCUUCUUCCCCUUCCAAGCUUUGACUUUUACGUCAUUUUCUAUUUCUCUUCUCUUGGAAUUCUCAGCUGAAAUGACUUAAAUGUCUUGGUUUCUUGGGCUUGUCUGCUUGUUUCAAUCUCAUCGAUUUUGUUUUAGGGCGAUUAAUACUAUGAUUUUUCACAGUGAAACCCACGUUUUGUGUUGACAUGGAUGUAUCUGACUACCACAGCUGGAAGUUUAAACAAGUUUAAUGCAUUUUUGAAUAAGGUAUGACAGAAAUUGCACAAAGCAGAUCUACAACUGCUCAAUCUCGCUCGAUCUAGUAGCUGUGGCAUGGACUUGGUCUUUGCUGUGAGAUAUGUAUAGCGAGAAGCAGAAGUCCAAAACCAAGACGUUUCGUGGGUGGUUCACAAGAAAGAACAAGAGGGAAGAAGCACAUGACCAGUUGAAUGAAAUUUCAGUGAAAUGUUUUAUUAUAGAUGAGAGUGAAGAUGAAGUUGAUAAUCUGGAUGACGGUUUUGAUCAGUCAUCGGAUAUUGAUCCAUGCACUUCAACCAACGAGCUAAGAAUCUUUGUUGGCACCUGGAAUGUUGCCGGAAGGUCUCCAGUAGGAAGUCUAGCAGUAGAUUUGGACGAGUGGUUAAAUCUGAAGGAUGCAGCUGAUAUGUAUGUCCUCGGAUUUCAAGAGAUUGUACCAUUAAAAACCAGAAACGUUAUAGGAGCUGAGGACCCAACUGAAGCAACAAACUGGAACCUGCUUAUAGGGAAAACACUGAAUGAUAAAUAUGGGUCCCCAUGGUCAACCCCCAUGAAAAAUCCAAUCUCAAGCUACCACUACCACUAUGAUAAGAUCUCUGAUUCAGAAAGGAGAACAAGUUUUAGUGGGCAUUCUGGGAUUCAGCUGUUGAGUUCACAAGAUGAGAACUUAUAUGAUGGCAAUAAGUACAAGCUAAUGGCAAGCAAGAAGAUGGUUGGAGUGUUCAUUAGUAUAUGGAUGAAGAAGAAAUUGCUUAGAAAGUACUGUGUUUCAAAUGUGAAGUUUAGCUCAGUGGCUUGUGGCAUCAUGGGUUAUUUGGGGAACAAAGGUUCAGUUUCAGUUAGCAUGUCCAUAGAAGGAACAAGUUUUUGCUUCAUUGCUGCCCACCUAGCUUCUGGGGAGAAAAAAGGUGAUGAAGGCAGAAGAAAUCACCAAGUUUCAGAGAUUUUUAGGCGAACUUCUUUCCCCCGAUCCUCUGAAGACGAUGAUAAUCCUCAUCCUCUCACCAUCUUAGGACAUGAUAGGAUAUUCUGGUUUGGAGAUCUCAACUAUAGAUUGUAUUUGGAAGACAACUUAGCCAGAUAUUUGAUAAAUAAGCAAGACUGGAAAGCAUUGCAAGAAUUUGAUCAGCUUCGAAGAGAACUAGAGGAUGGUGGAGCAUUUCAGGGUUGGAGAGAGGGAAACAUAGAAUUUGCACCCACAUACAAGUACGCUUCAUCAAAUUGCAAUAGGUAUUCAGGUGGCCUGCCUAGCAAAUCAGGAGAAAAGCAAAGAACUCCUGCAUGGUGUGAUAGAAUUCUAUGGUAUGGAAAAGGAGUCAAGCAACUUUCGUACUUUCGCAGCGAAAGCAAGUUCUCUGACCAUCGUCCUGUUUCCGCUUUAUUUUCUAUACCGGUGGAAGUCAUGAAGCCUACUAAUCCAAGAGUCGUGCCAAUGCAGACCAUUCUUCCCACCAUAACACCUCCCAGAAAAAGGGAGGCAGGCAACAGUAAUGAAGAGACCAAAUCAACCUUGCUAUCACUAAUGGGAAAAGAUUUAAUAGAAGCAUCACCCACUAAUAUGCAAAAAGUAUAGCCAAAACAGAGGAUAGGAUGUGCAGCUAGGGCUGGCUUUCUAGAGAUAUGCCAUUUUCUCGUGAUCUCCUUCCCUUCAUUUUUUUCCACCCAUUCCUUUGGGUUUUAAAGUGGAAUUUAUUAAGGAAAGCAAAGUUAAUUAAAUGAAUGUAUUCAGCAUUCAUUAAUAACUAAAUUAUUUAUGACCUUCAA